AAAUUAAAACAAAGUAGCGCACAACACAAGCCGUCUCUCACCCCCACAAACCCUAGUUUCUCUCUGUGAAAAAAAAAAUGGCCAAAAACCGUGAACCCGUGAAGCCAGUUGAGGAAUCCGAAUCGGAUUCCAGCGAGGAGGGAAGCUCCGAGGAGGAGGAAUCCGACGCCUCCCCUCCCCAAAGUAAACCACAGACUCAGAUUCCCGCCGCCAAACCCUCGCUGCCGCUGCCGCCCCCUUCUUCCUCCGACGAAGAAGAAUCCGGAUCUGAAACGGAGUCCGAGCCCGACGCUCCGGAAGUUAUUCCACUCGCCGCGAAGCCGGUCGAAGAGUCUCCGAAAUCAAGCAGGAAGGCCAAAUCCAAGCCCGCUGCCGAUCCUGUCACACCGACGAAAUCCGCCGCCGCCGCGAAACGCUCCGCUGAAGACACGGCCGGUAAGGAUGCGAAGAAGCCGAAGAAGAGCCCGGCCGCCGAGCCGGAGACUGCGGAGAAGAAGUCGAAUAUGUUCCAGAGGCUGUGGAGCGAGGAGGACGAGAUCUUGAUUUUGGAAGGGAUGAUAGAGUUCCAGAAAAAGUUCAAUCUCGAUCCAUUGGCGAAUCUGGAUCACUAUUACGAGUUUUCCAAGGAGAGUCUACUAACAGAUUUCACUGAUUUCACGAGAACGCAGUUGCAGGACAAGAUAAGGAGGCUGCGGAGAAAGUACUUAAAGAGCAGGGAGAAGGAUGAUGGGAAGGAUAAGACAUUCUCCAAGCCACAGGAGCAAAUGGCAUAUGAUCUCUCUAAAGCGAUUUGGGGGAAUGAGGAAAAGGGGGUUGUGAAGGUGGUGGGGAGUCCCAGAGCGAAUGGGAGUGUGGUUAAGAGAGCCGUAGGAAAGAAGGAGGCUGAUGAUGGGAAGAGUCGGGAGCUGGAGAAGAAGACCACCACGACGACGACAACCCUGAAUCGGUGUGGGGCGACAAUGGAGGAAAGACUUUGCAUCUACGGUGAAGCGGCUUUUGGAUCAGGGGAUGUGGAGAAUGAGUGGAACAAGCUGAAGGUGGAAGAGCUCAAGGUUUACCUCAAACAGUUGGAGGUGAAAGUAGCCCAAGCCAAGCUUGUUUUGGCUGCCAUGGAAACCAAGGAUUAGUAAGCCUUUGCUUGUUUAUGGUCAUCGACUUUAUGUUUUUGUGUUAGCAUGUUAUGGUUAAAAACUCAUCUUUUUAGUAAGCUGUUAGUUAAUGUUUUGCUAUAUGUUUUCUGACUAUCGAUCUAUGUGAGUACCGUUUAUAUGCA